AUGGGGGAAAAGGUCACAGUCAGUUCCGUCUGUUGGGUCCCGCGGGGCCGCAGCGCUCAGUUCCCCAUGAGCUGCUUAAUAGAGGAGCAGGAUGUGUCUUUGCUGCUGCAGCAGCAGCAGCAGGAGGAGAGCAGCAGCAGCAGCAGCAGCAGCAGCAGCAGCAAGAAGCAGCAGAAGAAGCAGCAGCAAAAGCUGCUGCAGGAACAAGCAGCAGCUCAAGACGGGGAGAGUGACGGCGGCGAAUCUGAAGACCAAAUGGAAGAAGACGACGACAGCGAAGACGAGGGCCCGCUGCCGGGGGUUUUCGGGGUGUUGGCUGCGGACGGAGCGACGGCGCUGCGGGACGAAGGCGUAGCAGCAGCAGCAGCAGCAGCAGCAGCAGCAGAAGAGGAGGAAGCAAAUAUUAUUUUAGAAACUGAUUUUGUUCUUGUUGCUGCAGCAGCAGAAAGCAACUUUGGCAGCCUCGAGGUGUACGUACACGACCCCCUCAGAGGCAGCCUCUACGUCCACCACGACAUCCUGGACGAAGGCGUAGCAGCAGCAGCAGCAGCAGCAGCAGCAGCAGAAGAGGAGGAAGCAAAUAUUAUUUUAGAAACUGAUUUUGUUCUUGUUGCUGCAGCAGCAGAAAGCAACUUUGGCAGCCUCGAGGUGUACGUACACGACCCCCUCAGAGGCAGCCUCUACGUCCACCACGACAUCCUGGUGCAAGCCAUUGCCUGGCACCCCUCCGAAGCCUCGCUGCUGGCAACAGCAUCUUAUGACAAAACAAUUUGUUUAAUAGAUGUGCGGCAGCCCCACGUGGCGGGGCCUCUGUUCAGCUGCCGGGCCAGCGAAGAAAAAGGGCUUUUUGGCUUUGGGGGUUCGCAAGUGGUUAUUUGGGACUUGGGGGACACAGAGCACAUUGCAAAGGCCUUUAACCUCUAA